CGGUGGAGGCGUCCCAAGGAGGCCGACGGACGGCGGCAGGGUGGAAGCGUCCCGCGCUUGGGAUUCGCGGGUUUACGGCCACGGCGAGCUCUUCUACUGUCCCAUGUGCAUGGAGCUGGUGCCCAUCAACCUCAAAUCCAGCUUCGGCCCGUGCGGCCACGCCUUCUGCUCCAGCUGUGUCACCAUGUACGUCGCCGUGAAGCAGCGCGAGCGCGAGGACGUUGGUCGCGUCAAGUGCCCCGACUGCGAGAACGGCGUCCCCGUGUUCGUCACCGAGGGCGGUGGAGAUUUGCCGGCGGACGGCCACGGCGAGCCCUUCGACUGCGCCAUCUGCAUGGAGACGGUGCCCGGCACCCUCAAGUUCAGCGUCAGCUCGUGCGGCCACCCCUUCUGCCGGAACUGCGUCGCCCAGUACGUGGCCGCGAAGCUGGAUGACAAGGUCGCUCGCGUGGAAUGCCCUCAUCCAGGCUGCGAGGCCGGCGCCGUGGAGCCGGAGUGCUGCCGCGGCAUCAUCCCCGCGGACCUCCUCGACAGGUGGGGCUUCCUGCUGUGCGAGCUCGCGGUCAGCGCCAAGAGGGUGUACUGCCCGUACCAAGAAUGCUCGGCGCUCCUGCUCGCCGACGCCGACACGAAGGCCAUCACGGAGGCGGAGUGCCCGCACUGCCACCGGCUCUUCUGCGCCCGGUGCGCCGUGCCAUGGCACGACGGCCUGGGGUGCAAGGAGUUCCAGAACCUCGGGCAGGACGAGCGCGGCCGGAACGACCUCCUGCUCCGGCGCCUCAUCGGCAGAAAGGGAUGGCAGCGGUGCCCCAAGUGCCGGAUGUUCGUGGAGAAAUCGGAAGGCUGCAAUUACAUGAAAUGCAGGUGUGGAAACAGUUUCUGCUACCGAUGUGCAUCCAAGUUGUCAGCGCAAAACCAUUACUGCAAAAAGUGCAAGCGCUAACGAUUUGGUUGGUUGUGGAGGGAGGGAUCUUGCCACGCCACUACCAAUACAUGGGUUCAUCUUGGCCAUGUUAACUUCCUGAAACACAAAA